AUGAGAAUAUUGGCAUUGCACGGUCUCGGCUCAUCAUCUAGUCUGCUGAAAGAACAACUACGCCCCUUUAUUCAAGAGCUCGGUCCCAGUUGCCACUUCAUCUUCCUUGAAGGGGCUGUGACAUGCGGCAGAGGCCCUGCGGUGCCACUCUGGGCCAGCCCUCCUUUUUACUCACAUGCUACGGGAUUUUCUCCCGCGGAGGUGCGCCAAACCUUUCAACGCAUCGAUCAAUUUACUGAGGAGAAUGGGCCAUUUGACGGCGUGCUUGGUUUCAGCUUGGGGGCUGCUUUGGCUAUGAGCUACAUUCUCCACAAGCAACGCACACAACCUCAUGGCAAGCUUCCAUUCUACUUUGCCACGGUCUUCUCGCCGAUCUUCGUGGCAUCAGCGGAUGAGACACAGUAUGGAGGGAUUGUCGAUCGGUUGUUGGAUGAUGAGCAUAUAGCAUUUCGCUCAGCGUUUCCGAACGAGGAUUUCUUAUCUACUCUCAAGACCGAGGAUGAGAGAAUAUUCGCCGACUACACACGAGUAGUCUUGUCAAUGAACUCUACCGUUGGCAAUGUCCUGCCUGGAAAGUCUGCACCAACAGGGUUUUUUGAGGAACCCAACGGUGUUCAGGCCGCGAGUAUUCCGCGAAUGCUACAUCCGAAAUUGACUAAGGAUCGCAUUGGCAUUCCAACUGUGGUUGUGACAGGAGCCAAGGAGGCAGGGGCAAUAUCGGAACAAUCCCGUGUUGCCCAGGACCUGUGUAGAGCUUCGCUCAGAUGGAAGUAUCAACAUGAUGGUGGACACGACGUUCCUUUUAAGCGGUCGGAUGUUCAAGAGAUUGUUUCGUUUAUGAUGGAAGCCAUUGAGGAAGGUCGGGAGCUAAGCUCGUUGCAUGAGUAUGAGGCCACAGCCAAUCUGUGA